AUGGCACCAACACCAAUCCUCAACUCCCUCGCAGCAGGCGCUGUAUUCGGCGCCGCCUUGACGGCAGCGGGCGUAUACUCCCCCUCCGUCAUAGUAGGACAAAUGCAACUUUCCGACUUCCACAUGCUGAAAGCGUUCCUAGCGGCCAGCGCCAGCAGCGCGAUAGCAAUAAUAAUCAGCCAACGUCUCCAGCUCACCAACUGCAAGCCCCGCACCCCCAAUACGCUGAACCUCUUCUCGCCCUACGACGGCAACAUCCUCGGCGGCGGCCUCCUCGGUAUCGGUAUGGCUCUCUCGGGCGCCUGUCCAGGGACUCUGCUCCCUCAGAUCGCGACCGGCGUCCGGUCCGGUCCGUUCGUUCUCCUCGGUGGUAUCUUAGGCGGGAUCCUCUUCUCUGGGUACGGGAAACGGUAUCUGGGCAUGGUGUCGGAUGGGGAAACGAUAGCCAAGCCAACGGUGUAUCAGAAAAUGGGAGGAGAUCGGACGAAUGCCGUGGCAGUGUAUGAGGUGAUGUGUUUGAGCGGUAUUGAAGCAGUGAGGAAGUUUUAUCCUGAGAAAGUGGGUGUGUUGUUGCCUGCUGCUGUGGGGGGACUGUGGAUUGGGUUUAGUCAGUUUAUGAGUUUGUUCUUGACCGGGUCUACGUUGGGGGUAUCGACUGCGUACGAACAGUUAGGAGAUCUGUAUUGGUGGCUCUCAGGCCGAGUACUCGAGGGGAAGAAAGGGCCUAUGCCAUCGAUUCGAGGGACAGUGUUCGCGGCUGGGACGAUGAUUGGGGCUUUGGUAUUGUCGAUGCUCAUAGAGAUCCCCAGUCCGAACGAGAAUAUCGAAGUCAGCGCCGCAAGAGCGGUGAUGGGAGGGAUACUGCUAGUUGUGGGUGCGAGAUUCGCGGGGGGUUGUACGAGUGGGCAUGGGAUUAGUGGGAUGUCGCAGUUAUCGGUGGCGAGUAUCUUGACGUCCGCGUCGAUGUUUGCGGGUGGGAUUGCGUUCAAUGGUUUGUUGCGUGCUUUUUAG